ACAUAAAAUGUCCACAUUGGUCAACGCUUUGGGAUUCUUCACGUCUUCCACUCCAGCUGCAGCAGCGACAAAGGACGUCCGUAGCAAAGAAGAAAUUCUCAAGAGAAGAAAGGACACCAUUGGAUCAAAAUGUCAAAUCUUCUAUUCGGAUGAUCCGUUCAUGGUAUCCCGAGCUUCAAUGCAAUAUCUCUACGAUGAAAAAAGCAACAAAUUCUUGGAUUGCAUCAGCAAUGUCCAACAUGUUGGUCACUGUCAUCCAAAAGUCGUCGAAGCCAUCUCAAAGCAGUUGGCUACUUCUACUUGUAACGUUCGUUUUGUGUCAACUCAGCUUACUGAUUGUGCUGAACAAAUUCUUUCGACACUUCCAGGACUUGACACUGUUCUUUUCUGUAAUUCUGGAUCGGAAGCCAAUGAUCUUGCACUUCGUCUUGCAAGGGACUACACCAAACACAAAGAUGCAAUUGUCAUUGAACACGCUUACCAUGGUCAUGUCACCACCACAAUGGAACUCUCCCCAUAUAAAUUCGAUCAUGGAUCAACGGUUUCUCAACCAGACUGGGUUCACGUGGCUCCAUGCCCAGAUGUAUUCCGUGGAAAGCACAGACUUGCUGACAAUGAACUGACAAAUGAGGAUAAGCUGUAUGCUGCUGGAAAGCAAUAUUCAGAUGAUGUCAAGAGUAUUCUCAAUGAUGUGGAAUCACGUCAAUGUGGAGUUGCUGCUUACUUUGCAGAAGCUCUUCAAUCUUGUGGAGGACAAGUUAUUCCACCAAAGGAUUACUUCAAAGAUGUAGCCACCCAUGUCAGAAAUCAUGGAGGUCUCAUGAUUAUCGAUGAAGUACAGACUGGAUUUGGAAGAAUUGGAAGAAAGUAUUGGGCCCAUCAGUUGUAUGAUGACGGAUUUUUGCCCGAUAUUGUGACAAUGGGUAAACCAAUGGGAAAUGGGUUCCCAGUCUCUGCAGUUGCGACAAGAAAGGAGAUUGCGGAUGCUUUGGGUGGAGAAGUUGGAUAUUUUAACACAUACGGGGGAAACCCAGUGGCGUGUGCAGCAGUUAUCUCGGUGAUGAAAGUGGUAAAGGACGAGAAUCUUUUAGAGCACAGUCAACAAAUGGGAGAGAAGCUUGAAGUUGCUCUCAGAGAUUUGCAAAAGAAACAUGAAUGUAUCGGAGAUAUCAGAGGAGUUGGUCUUUUCUGGGGAAUCGAUUUGGUCAAGGAUAGAAAUACUCGUGAACCCGAUCAAAAACUCGCAAUCGCCACAAUUUUGGCUCUCCGAAAAAGUUACGGAAUUCUUUUGAACGCUGAUGGUCCACACACAAAUAUUCUCAAAAUCAAGCCACCACUGUGUUUCAACGAGAAUAAUAUUCUGGAAACUGUGACAGCACUCGAUCAAGUGCUCACUUUGAUGAACCGAUGAAUACGCUCUUAAUGAUACUCGUUCCUAUAACUACAAUUUUUGUGAAAAACAAGAAAAAUUUAAUUAAAAACAACAAAUAAAUAUUUGAAAUAAAAAGAACUUUUU